UUCUGCCCCGCGCGAGUGCGUGCCGUGGUGCACCCCCCUACCCCCCAUUCGACCCGUACCGUCUCGCCGUCUCCAACCCUCUGCCACCGCAGCGCCUCUAUCUCUCUCUUUCUCUCACUCUCUUUCCUUCUUCCUCUUUACCCCGCGGUCUCCGCCAACGCCACGGGGCUUAUUACCGAGCCCCCCUUCCGCAGUGGAGCGCGACACAGGCGACCGACAUCGGUUAUGGAGUUAUGGAGGCCGCGGAACCAAGUACCGAUAGCCUGCCGAGCUGCGCCUCCGCGAUCCUCGCGUGCCUCGCGCUCUCGAGCGUCUACGUGGCGAGCCUGUAUGUCUGGAGUACGCCGCACAACAGAGAGCAUCCAUCGACUAUAAAGAAACGAUUUUUUAGCGUAUUUGUCAUGACUCUUGUUUCACCAGCACCCUUGUAUUUUGGACUAAAUGAGAAAGUAUUUCAAAAGGCAACCAUCUGGGAAAUGCUGGGCCUUCGAUGGACAGGCUUGAUACAGGCGACUGCGAUAUCGUUGCUCCUAACGAUGAUUUUGUUCUUAGGUCCCUUAAGUUUACAAGGAUUCAAUGGACGAUUGUAUACCGAGCCCAUAUACUGGCUGGGAGGCAUACGAACUCUAACUUGGUGGAGAAAUCAGGUGGUCGCUCCAUUGUCUGAGGAGUGGACUUUUAGGGCAUGCAUGUUGCCGUUGCUCCUACAAUGUUUCACACCGACUACUGCCAUAUUUGUGUGCCCCCUAUUCUUCGGAGUGGCUCACUUCCAUCACGUAGUAGAGAGAGUAAAAAUGGGAAUGAGCAUCAAACAUGCGUUAUUUAUAUCUUGUUUUCAGUCUGCGUACACGACGAUUUUUGGAGCGUACGCGGCCUUCCUCUUUGCGAGGACAGGACACUUCGUUGCACCGUUCGCCGCGCAUUCAUUCUGCAAUCAUAUGGGUUUUCCCGAUCUUUCUGAAAUAGCAGCAUACAAGGAUCCACUGAAACGAGCUGGAUUCAUGUGUUUGUUUGUGAUCGGCUUGGUCGCCUGGUGCUUCUUAUUGAUGCCGAUGACUCAUCCAUCAUUGUUUAAUAAUAAUUUAUUCUGGACUAAACACUUUAUAUGAGACGUCCGAUCUCUAACAAAUAAUAGGAUAUAACAAAUGCUACGGUUAAAAUGUUUUUAUGCAGAAUUUACUGCAAUUGUUCCACUAAUCUAUUGGUUUACAUCGUUGUGGAAUAUUUUAUAUUUAACAGUCUAUCUAACAGAGUACAAUACUUAUCUGUCGAAAAAUAUUGCGAGAAUUAAAAAUUAGUUUAGACUAAUUUCAACUAUAUAUUCGAUAACGAUAUAUAAUUUAACUGAUCGUGCAAUUUGGCAUUGGUACAAAAUAUAUCACCGUAGUGCCUGAGAGUUAGACUUUUAUAGUGGCGCUUAUGAAUGUCACAACUAUUAGAUAGACGAACUUGUUCGCAAGACCAAAAUUUGCGAAAGAUCUAGCUCUAAUUAUUAUUUACGAAUUAUCGCAUACAUUUAUAUGCGGAAAUAUUACAUUAUUUCAUGAUCACGAUCUGUUAAACGUUAUCAAUAUUUUGAAACAGAGAGAUUUUUGUAAAUGAAAUAUUGUAAUAUAGAUUAUUAUAAUUAAUGUAAUCUAUUGAAAAAAUUUCUAAAACGAUAUUUCUAAUCGUCUACUUUUAUAACAAUCUGUAUGUAUAGUGUAUAUACGAUGUUCAUAUGUACAAUGGCAGUGAUAAAUAUUCCAGUGAUAAGCGAUAUCGCCAUACACACACAAUGGUUUAUUUAAAUCACAGAAGUAACGCGAUUAACGCAACAAUUAUUAUUAUAAGUUUUAUAUAUGUAUAUGUACAUCGAUAAACGCGUAUACAUUAUAUAUGCAGUAAGACUACAAGUAAUUGUAUAUAAUAAGAGUACAAUUCGAUUUUCGAAUAUGUGUAAUAUCUUUUAAUUGCAUACGUAAUGUAUACCGUUCUUUAUUCUAGAUAUAAAUAGUAAUAUCAACUUCUUAAAUGACAUUCAGGGCAUAAAACAUUGAUACAAUGUUGAAAUAGUGUUAAGCUAGUGUUUGUUUUACAGUCGAAGCGCCAUAUAAAAUUCGAUAUAUAACGAUGAUUACAUAAUGAUUUAAUUUAUAAGCGUCUAUUAGGAUUUAAAUGUAUUUGAUGAACUUGUUUUGCGUGAGACAUUAAAAUAAUGUGAGAAAUAACAUGAUUUUGUGUAUGAGCAGCUCAUAUUUGAUUCACUUUGUAACAUUGAUAAAGAAUAUAUAACUGUAAACAAAACGUUUAA